ACAGAUAGCCUCAAUGUGUCUACCAUAACGUAGUCAGAGAGAAAUCAGGGAAGCUUUAUUGCGUUUCAACGGGGCUUUGAAUGGAAAACGACCGGUAUGGGAGCAUAGUCACGGCAAGAUAGUUUUAAAACAUUACAACGCCCGACCACAAGUUCAUGAGUCUUUCAGGGAUCACCUAGGAAGGGAGAAUUGGAAAACUCCACCUCAUCCGCCAUGGUCUCCAGUUUCUCCUCAAGCAAAACAAAAUUUGCUUGAUGACUGAAUCGCUUCAAAAUUACCUUUUUGCAACGUGGAACCAGUGUAUUGCAUGGAAAAUGGGCAAAGGUUGUGGCGAUUGAACAUACCUUAAUGAAGUUAUAGAAGCUUUUAGUUCAACUCUUUUUGAACAUAUUAAUCAUCGUCAAUUUUAUAUGUGUCUAUAUGGCAAAAGAGUGUCCAAUAAAUUUGCCCUAAUGCCAUAAUCGCGUAAAAAAGAAAUAGUAGAUGACUGAGCAUCAAGCUCUCAAAAUUGAAAAAUUUCGGUGGCGCGAACUAUAUUUAGCUUUUCAGUUUGUACCUUCAAUGUGUUCCAGAAAGACGUAAUCCUAAUUUUUCGAGUUGCUUGCUGAACUUAUUCUAGAUUUUCUAAUAACGUUUCCGACAGGAAAAAUCGUUUAUUAUGUCCAUUACGUUGUACCUUAAAAUUAUAUUUUUUUCAAAACAUGUUUAAGGUCGAUAAAAUAUUUACAUACUCUAGGUCUAACCCUACUACGGCAAACGGUAAUUCUGUUAACGUAUUACGGUAAACUGAUGAUUUUCUAGUGAUCAGAAUGCGUGAUUGUGAUGCACAUUAGGGUAGGUUAUAUCUAUGAUAUAACCACAAGGUUGACGUGGAACUACCGUUGGCUUAGAAAUCAUUAGUUUGUAUUGAUUAAAUUAUUGUUUGAAUGAAAUAAUUUUCGAAUUCAAUUGAAUUCAACAUAUUUGCUCGGUUAGUAAAGUUCCUUAAUUUGAACAGACGCCAUAUAAUGUAAGGCACCUUGGUUCAGAUGGCUGUGUUAGGGAACAUACUUCGAUGUGAACAAAAAUCCCCCCUCCUACUUCCAAGUAUUUACAAUGCGGAUUCAUCCAAGUACAUUGAUUUUGAAGUCUGUGUUGGGGAAUCCGUUAAUUAGACCAAAUCAAAACGUGGCAGGUAGGCGUUUAGAUAACGCUUAACAUUUCACAGUUGUUCAAUUGUUUAUCUCAUGAAAUGCAUAGAAAUAUCUCCUAUCAAUUGAUGCAAACAUCUUUCCGAUCUAUUCAGAAAUGUUCGAGUUAUAAGCAAUCGAAAUCUUUCAUUUUUUCCUGCAUGUUCUCUGUUUAGGUUUUCAUUUUACCCCUCAUAUUGUCCUGUUAGACGUAGUCCCAUGUCAAAAAAAAUUAUCAAAUAGUGAUCAGAAUGAGAAGAAGUAUGAGAAGAACAUCGUUCUUGUUUGGUGAAAGAACAUCUGGGAUUGGAGAAUCAUUAUAGGUUUUUAGGUUAAAAUUUAUUUCACGUCAAUCUUUGAAGUUGAAUUUCAGACCACAUUCGAUCAUUACACCAUAGCAUUCGGGAUACCGAAUAUGUUGAAUAUCAACAUCGUUCUCGGACACUGAAGAAAUGGUAAAAUUCGUUGAGGAAGUACAGAAAAUUCAUUAUAAUGACAACAAAUUACGAUAGCUUUGCGGAGCUUGAAAGGAUCGACAGUGUAAGCCGAGGAAGAGGUGUUUUUAAAUUCUUCAAGCAAGUAAGGUUUCUGUCUCAGUUAAAAUGGUUUUCAUUUUACAUAGUGAAGGUGCAAUUUACCUAGUGAAUAUAGAAAUGCUUCAGAAGAUUUCAAUUCUGAUAUAGAAAAGUACCUUUUCGAUUCAAAUUUCGAACACUUAAUUUUUGACUCAAAUUACGAGCAUUUAAUGUUGUUUUGAUACCUAGAAAUGUUGUUAUACGGAAUUGUAUACCCUAAAGAAUACCGGGGAUUUCAUUAUUCAAUUCUUUAUAACUUUGAUGUUCAGCUAAUCUAGUAUUUAAAUUGAAGUGUUAGGAAUUCGAGUCUGUUCGGAAUAUGAAUCAAAACAGUAUAGUUUUAUUUAGUUUUAUGAUGAAAAAAUAAACAGCAAAUAAGAUCAAUGAGGUACAUAUCGAGGUGAAGUAGCAGGCGAAUUAUAUUUGUAUUGGCAAGAAUACCAAAAAAACCACUAUUAUCUGUCUAUUACGAAGUGAUUUUGAAAAUAUUCACUGCACGCUGUCAUAUCAUACUCAUAAUCAGCGGGAACUUCAGUAAAAUGUAUGUUUUCAAUUGAUAAAAUACAUACUGAAAAUAACAUUUUCACAUGGAUGUGGUAAGCAAUCAAAUAUAAACACAAAGGCUGACGUCACUGUUUGAGAAAUAGUUGUGGCAGCGCAUUCUAUGUCGACCGAAAAACCACCAUCUUCAUUGCCUUUUUUCCAGGACAUUGAAAUAAGAUUAAAAUCGCGUAACCAAACAAAAAAAAUAUAUAUAAGGGUGGUGUCCAUGACACGACCGUAUUGGGAAUAAUUCGAGAUUUUUUUUCGCAGACGGGUCUGACGGCGGAUGUAAUUGCCAACAUCCAGCUUUGGCUGACAAAGUUUGCAUUCGCUAGUCGGAUCGACUCUGCAGAAUGCUUCUUCACCGUCCAAGCCUAUGUAAUCCUUUGCAAUAUUUGUGAAUGUGCGCAAGAAUAAGAAAGACACUAUCUCAAUGAGAAAAUCACACACUUAUCGGGAUAUUGAAAAUGAAGUCACAACAUUCCAGACAGUUCAAUGGCAACGGUUGGAUGUAAAUGAAUUCUCAUGGCUCGAAUUUUGAAAAAAAAAAUGCGCAGAUAGAACAGAAUGAAUAUGAACACAGUUGUAAAUUUGUUUCACGUCGAAUGAAUGGCAGCAGUACAGCACUUGUUCGCUAACUGGGCUGCUUGCAACUGAGCGCUCGCUAAUUGGGUUAUAGCCUAGUUAAAAAUCAGUUAAACGUUAAAUAUAAACUGUUGUCAAUAUUGGUGAGGGGUACUCCAAUGCAUCACAGAUCUACAAUCAUCAAUACACUGAGAGAAAUAACAGUUUGGCUGAAAAGUUUAUAAGGUAACACAGUAAAACUAUUUUUAUGCAAAAUUCAAUUCUUCUUCUUCUUUUUCUUUGUUUACGGAGACUUAAAAUCUAACAAUUCAUUCGUCUCCGAAAUUCAAUUUUAUUAUUCAACAUAAUUGCCUGAAUAUGUUGAAUACACUCUUUCGGGUUUCCCUCAAAAUAGGCCUCGAUUUCGGUAAUCACUUCAUCAUCGGUCUUAAAUUUCUUGCCAGCGAGCAUUCUCUUCAGGUCUGCGAACAGAAAGUAGUCGCUGGAGGCCAGAUCUGGAGAAUACGGUGGAUGCGGAAGCAAUUCGAAGCCCAACUCAUGCGAUUUUGCCAUCGUUUUCAUUGAUUUGUGGCGGUGCAUUGUCUUGAUGAAACAGCACACAACAAAAGUUGCUUCACUCUCAAUGCUGUAACUCACGAACCAAUCGACCGAUUACUGUCAAAUUUUGACACGUAUCCAUUAAAAGAUGGUGCUUUGUGAUAGUCAAAUAGAUAUUGCAAGAGGCGCCAUCUAUACGUGAACCUUAUGAACUAGUAUAUAUAACAAACUUUAUAGUAACUAGUAUCAAUUCGAUAGUCAUUUUUUACCGUACAAACAUUUUUCGUGAGUAAAUGGUAAAUACAAAUUCCAAAAUGUAUAGCAGAACAUCGGCUGAACAUCGAUUGUGCUUUCGGGAUCGCGGACCAACAUCCAAUUUAAUAAUAUGGAGUUGCGUUCGUAUUCUUGUUCAGUUCUUGCAAUGUCGUGUAGUCGAUUAAUUUCAGAAGCAGAAAACGAAACAUGGUGCGAAUGAGCCGAGAUUUUUCGGACUUGAGCACUUGUUUAGGAUGGCACAAUUUGCAGAUGCGUUCACUUCCACGUAUAUUCAUGCAUAUCUGCACUGGUAUAUUGUUGCCGCUGCCGUCUGGAGGUUUUGAUUAGCAUAAGAAUUAGCUGAAUUUCGCUGGCACAAUAUUUGUUCAAUAGAAGUGGACUAGCUGAAGACUUUCUGAAGAACCUAACAAACAUUAAACGGUAUAGCCAGUGUUUUACAUGAUCAUUUAUCCGAUAUUUUGGCUGGUGUAUCAUGCCCCUAACUGUCAAAUACAUACUUGGCAUAUGGUUGUGAAUUAGUUUGGAAGAAUGGACGACAUAGAAAAAAACAAAUUACGAAAAAAUAUUUACAUCAACUGUAAUUAGAACGUCACGAAUCGUCAUUUGUAUGUAUGAAAAUAUUUAUGAGAUACAAAUGAUGUAUCAGGGCGUUGCAAAAGUUUUCACUCAUCUGUGCGUUAGUGGUUCCGUACGAACGAGCACAUGAUGGGUGCAUCGAAUGUGGUCACAGAUGUUGGAAGCAAGGCGGAUCACAGUCUUGCAUCCUACGCAAGACUCUGAAAAUAUUGCUUCAAAUAUGUUGACGUGGGACUAUGCCUAACCUUUCAAUGUAAGGGUCUAUUUCGAAGUUUCGGGUGGGAUUUUGAUUCCGAAUACACGAGUUGAGAGAGAAGAUCCUCACGUAUGUUUUUGUCCGCGACACAUAUAGUGGAAAUAGUAAAACAUGUGAAAAAUGUAACUAUGAAAGAGGUCGCUUUUACUCCUAUAUGCUUUCUGAUGCAACAAGCAGCAUUCCUAUAUUCAAUUCAAUUCGAGAGUAAGCUUGCAUGGCUUCUGGGAAUUUUGUUGCUAUGUGCAUUUACGUGCCGCUCAGAGAAUCGCGUUGCAUCGAGGCGCCGUUCAUAUCUAAGAGAAGGACAGAAGAUACAACAUUCAACGGCGCGAAGCAAAUGGGCAUAGCAACUACAUUCACGUUGUUUCGAAGCGCGAUGCAUAUAUAAGAGAAGGGUGGAAUAUACAACAUGGUUAGAGGUGAAUGAACUGCAAAGUUUAAAGCCUCUUAAAACAAAGAAUCGAAUCGAUACAACAUUCAGUUACACUUCGACCAGCCACGACACUGAAUCGGUCUCACAAACAAAUGCUCUCAAAUAAAUGAACACGUUACUUUCAUUGACUCAUUUUACACUUUUGACUUCAGUGUGUCUGAGAGAGAGAUCACACUCCAGUAUUAGGAAGUCCCAUCUUUUUUACAACAAAUUAUGGAAUUUAUUUUAUCAAACUGAAUAAAAACGUUACUAUAUACUACAUGGGCUGAACCGUCCCGGAACUAUUCAUGAAAACAAUCGUUUUUUGGGCAACGCUGUUUUUAUUCCUCAACAUAGUUUCCUUCGAGGGCAAUACACUUGGUAUAGCGAGUUUCUAACAUUUCGAUUCCCUUUCUGUAGUAUGAAACGUCUAAGUCUUCGAAAUAUGCCUCAUUGUCAAUCUGAAGACUGCUUAUUGGACUCAUGAGUGUUGUAAUGGAUCCACGUUUUAUCCAUUGUCACAAAACGUCGAGAGAAGUUUUCUCGAUUACGCUUCAACAACGCCAAAUCGGCUGUUGAUUCAUCAACGCGCUGCUUUUUUGGUCGACGGUCAGCAAACGCGGCACACAUCGCGCGGGUAGCUUUUUUUAUGUCCAAAAUAUUGUACAACAUGUUUCCCACUCGUUCUUUUGAAUUGCCUACAGCUUCAGCUAACUCGCGUAACUUCAUUUCACGAUCGUUCAAAACGAGUCGAUGCACUUGUGUUACGAUUUCUGAAUUCGUAGAGGCCUCUUUUGCCCUUCCAGAGCGAGGUGCAUUUGAGGUGCUUGUACGGCCCAUUUUAAAUUCACUAAACCACCGAUUAACUGUUGUUCUCGGAGGAGCAGAUGUGGAAUAACAUUUCGUCAACCACUACAUUGAUUGUUCAGGAGUUUUUCCCAUCAAAAAACAAUGUCUGAUCAAAAUACGAUAUUCCUCUUUUUCCAUUUUGUUUACGAACACCUAAACAACUGUAAAUAGUGAACAAAUAAACGAAAUGUCAUGAAACUUACACAUAGUGACAGUGACAGAUCAACCUCUCGAAAUUAAUCUUGUUCAUUUUUAAUGGCGCCAUCUGUUGAAAAAUCCCGGGACUUUUCAGUCCAUGCAGUAUGUGCAAUUCGGUAAUCACUCAGACCCGUUUGCUUUGUGUUUUCGUCAAACGAAUGCUUCACCGCAUAAUAGGUUCACCGUUUCGCUAAGUUACUUACAAUAAAUAUGCAUGUUAGGUAUCGGAACCGAAUGGAACACAAGGUUCUGGAUUCGCUUCUGAACAGAUUGGGUGGGAGCAGAAUUGAACCGCACGCGGACUGCAUACAUGUGUGCAGUUCGGGCCCCGGGAAACCAUCAAAGGUAUGCUACACCUAAAUCUCUCAGAGAUUAAACUGAAAUUAUGACACAAAAAUCAUAUAAAAACAGAACAGCUAGGCAUCAUUUAAGAAUAACUGCUUAUUUGAACGUUUACGCUUUCGUGUGUAAAUGGAAAGAAAUAACCUAGAUAAAAAGAUUGCAGUCAUAGUGCCGUGCAUUUUUAUAGAAAAUUCUUUGGAAAAAUUAAAAAAAAUUGUGCAAUGAUUAGUUGAUACAUAAAAAAGCAAACAAAACGUCUGGAAAUCAUUUUUUUAAAGAAGGAAAAAUAGUCGACAGUAAUCACAACAUUCGCACUUCCAUCGUCUUGCGAGAAUGUUUCUUUGUUUCCCAUCCCAAUCAUCAUCACUCAUAUGUUGCCACAUAAAUAAUUAAGCGAGGAUAGAUUUUUGUAACAAAUCACAAUUAACUUUAGUAUGGAAUAGUAUAACACCCACACAGCAAAAGAGAUAUUCGAGCUUUUAUAUCAAGAUGCGACCUGUUUCCAGCGAAACUCUGCAAUUUAUUCUCGCACGGUGAAAUCGUGAAUCGAAGUGAGGCUUCUGUAAAAAUAGCUGUAAGAGAUAAGCCUGUGAAUAAAACAUCCAUUACGCAUUACCAUGAAAAAACUAGCACAUACUUCACGAUAAGCACAGUAUAUUAUAUAGGUAAACAACCAAAAAGAAACGCUUUGCAUUUGAACAUUUGAGAGCAAGGCUUGGUAGAUAUGUAAACAGAAAUGUAAUUUUAUAUAAAACCAAAAAUACGAACGGUACGCCACAGCGGUACAGAUCAGUCUCUAUGACACUAUAAACUAUACUAUGAACAAUCACUCUAAUCCCUGAACGGUGAUCACUUCACGAAGAUUUUCAGAGUAGCAUUUUGUUUUUCUGACGUGAGUUGGUAAAAUUUUUCGAUUUCUCCUUGGUUUGUGACCCUCUAAAUUUUACGACGGUAAGUUCAUCUGCUUGGGGUCACUUAAAACUGAUCUCCCUUAUUAAUCAAUGUCGUAGUAUUCAUCACAAAAAAACAUAUUCUAAAGGAAACCAUCUUUUAUUGUAUCUUAAUGUGCAACAAUGCAAAUAAGAGAGAAAAUCGGUAGAUAGCGCCUUGUUAGAAAUGGGUAGUUAACAAAAAAAUGUGCAUAUGGGGAAAUAUCGUUGUGUAAUGUUUAUUUUCGUUUGUAAUCAAAAUGUAUACAUAAGUGAAUAUUAUGAUUUGCAGGAAUAAAAGUAAGAAAUACAUUCACAUAAUCGGAAGAACUCGAUUGGCUUGAUUUAUAGAUAUGUGACGGGGUUUCAAAGUAGAUUUGAAAAUAUUUUCUCAUAAUAUUCUUACCAUAUCACUUUUGGUUUCUUCGAAUCAUCGUCCAAAAUAUUGCUACCGUGAGCGAAAACCAUCGAUUUUUUAAAAGUAAAUGCGUUAGGAUUCGAGAAAGAACACAACAAAUACUCAAAAAUAUUUAACCUAGUGCAAAAAAUAAAAAACAGCUUACCGUCUGUCCUAAUGCGACAGGGAUGAAGGUAUCCGACAAAAGCACAUAGACAAUGGCAUAAACUUUCUAAAUGUUAUUACAGUGUAGAUUUUCUGUGCGCAAGAUCAUUCCGUUCAUCUUUUUUAUAUUGAACGCUUUACGUUAUCCGCUGAAAAGAAUAAUACUUUGGGUAUAAUAGCCGAAAGACUUGAAUCUAACAGUAAACGGUGAGCUAGUUAAAUUAUAAAUAUUGCAAAUGUAUAACAGCAUGCAACAAUGAUAACAACACUAAUGCAAGCAUUUUUUCGAAAAGCGUUUUCAUUUCAUUUACAAUUGAAAAAAAAUCAAAAAAGAAACAAUGCAGUGAAAACCCAUACUCUAGGCUUUUUAUAAGAGAUUUUCAUAAAAAAUCAGACAAAAAAACCUAAAAAAAACAGUAACGCUAAAUAUGGAUGUAAAUACGAGUGUUUAAACUACAAAAUACUUCUAAUAGAAACAUGCAGAGUUUAAUUCUAGACAAACGAACCGUGAAAUACAGAGGAGAUGAAAAGACCAGAGAAAAAAGAAUCACCAUAUGCGUCAAAAACCAUCUAUUCAGUCAUCUCAAAUACGUUCAUAGAAACGAAAUAGAACGAAAAUUAAAAAAAAAACAAAACAAUUGCCUCAGAAUGUGUUGCGUUAAGUUUACGAUUUAGGUAGCAGUGAAUAUUAUUGUUUUAGAGAAAAAAAAACGCAAUAGAGUCACAAGAUACAUAACGUAAAGAACAUUUAUUUUCGCUAUGGCAAACAGACAAAAUGUUAAAGCUAAAGUAGUUUCUAAAAGCAACAACAAACCAUAGGUUGUACUGUGCUGCUAUAUACAUUUACCCUCAAAGCGAAGCAUUUCUCAUUUCAACACUUAGUUUUGUCUGUGCUUGACUUUUACAUUAUGUAACUUGUGAUAUGACACCGUUGAUAGUGAAUAUUUCAAAUAUAAGAGAGAAAAAAACCGUGUGAAUAAGAGUACGUAAAUCAUCGGAUUAUGUGAAUUGUGAACGAACAAAUUACCUAAUUGGCAAAUCAUACACAGACGGGAACCGGUUAGUGUAAAAAUGUGGACAUUCAUUCUGUUAUUAGUGUAUAAUAUUCGAUACCCGAAGUUCUACUAUCAUUUCCAACAUUUGCAAUAGCGAAUUGGUUUGGUUUACGUGCCUAUACUAAACGUUGUUCAAUACUAUGUCGAGGAAGGAAGAAGAAGACUCAAAUACCACACCGAAACACUAGAGGGAAAGAAACCAAAAACAAAAAAUAAUAAAAUAAUUAAUUAUUACAAACAAAGCUAAAUACAUACAAACAAUUGAACUAAAAUGUUUUAUAUGUUAUAUCCCGUACGGUAUGUGCAUGUAUGAGGAAGCUAUCUUUGGGUUAUCUUUCAUUUUAUUGGUAUAUUGUUUACGACACUUAAAGUAAGAAUGAUGAGAGGUAAUGUUGUUAAUGUUAAUAUUAUUGUUAAUUAUAAAUUGAAAUAAAAAAUCGAAUCAGUGAA